UCGUCUCGUCACAUAACCUCGCGCAUCUCGCGGCACGACCGUGCCAAACAUCCUCGUUCUUUUCGUUCGAGCAGUCGCACUAUAGAGAAUACGUCUGAUGAAUCGGAGGAUGAAUUGGCGCGAAUUCGCGCGCGAUCGAGGUUUCCAGAUACAACCAGAUUAGAGAAAAACGACAUAACUAUCGUCACCAAACACGCCUCCGGGGACACCGACCAGAAGAGCGUGUCAGUCACAUCUAUAAUACAGAACAGGACUCUCAGGCCAUAUGGUUUUAGCUUUAGCGAAAGGUGUAGGAUAAGAAAUAACUUUUUGCCUAAUAAACCACAUUUCAUACACGAGUAUGGUUCGAAAGUAUUCUGCGGUUCAUAUUCUAAGGGUGGAGAAUUCUUCAUCACUGCUACUCAAGAUAAGUGGUUGUACAUAUAUCAGACACACAACGGUAAUUUUAUCUUGUACAAUCGGAUGCUAGCACACGACGUUGGCUGGAGUGUUUUAGACAUAGCGUUCAGUCCAGAUGGUAAACAUUUCGCGUAUUCGAGUUGGGCGGACUGUUUGUAUCAGUGUCAAAUAUCAGGAGGCUCUUUGGAAACGUUACCAUUGACCCCGGGUGUACGGCGAUUUUGCGUUUUCUCCGUGGCUUUUUCAAAUGACGGCACGGAAAUUCUGGGUGGUGCCAAUGACCAAUGCCUUUACAUAUACGAUCUCGAGUGCCAGCAACGAAUCUUGCGGUUUGAGGGUCACGACGAAGACGUAAAUAGUGUUGCCUUUGCGGAUGACAGUUCACAAAUUUUUUAUAGCGCCAGCGACGACGGAUUAUGUAAGGUAUGGGAUAGGAGAAUGUUAAAUGAAUCUGAUCCGCGUGCAGUUGGAAUAUUGGCAGGUCAUAGAGACGGAAUCACAUACAUCGAUUCGCGUGGUGACACACGAUAUUUUAUAACCAAUUCUAAAGAUCAAUCCAUCAAGCUGUGGGACACGCGCGUGUUCUCCACUUAUAGAGCUCAGCAAAAUGCUCGCCAGCUUAUCGAGCGUCAAGAUUGGGACUAUCGAUGGCAGCCUGUACCUCAACGAUUAUGGGAACGAGGCUCCUUAGAUGGUGACACCAGUGUCAUGACGUAUUAUGGUCAUUCGGUCCGUAAGACUUUGAUACGUUGUCGCUUUUCGCCGCCAGACAACACUGGGCAGAGAUACAUUUACACGGGGGAUUCGACAGGUCGAUUUAUCAUAUACGAUAUUCUGACGGGAAAGAUAGUACGUAAGAUAAGAGGUCACACGGGAUGCGUGCGCGAUGUUAGCUGGCACCCCUUUGAUCACAACUUUAUUACCUCAUCUUGGGAUGGUAAAAUAGCCAAAUGGGAAUAUUGUGAAACCUACGACACGAUGAACGAAGAUGAGCAACGGCCUCCGCUACGACGGAGUGAGAGAAUAGCUGCACAAAAGAGAGCAAGGGCGUUUAUCGUAAUGUGAGGUAUUUUAUUUUCUAUUGUUUUCCUUUUCUCUUGUUUCGCAGCAAAUCUAACGGUCGCGAUUGCUCAGAGAAAAAGAAGAAAAUGUCUGUCGGGAAGAACCUUGUCCAUUUUUCAUGCAGUUCGCCAUGAAUACAAAACAGACAUUGUACAAGACUGAACGAUAAACGUGAUUUUUCUAUCUAUCUUUACCGUUGUGCUCGCAUAUUUUACGAGAUUUUUGCUGCGAUAGUUUUCUUUACGUUGAUGCAGAUUGAAAAUAGCUGUUCGAUCUGUUUCAAUGAUACGAAUAAUCGAUUUAUGUGAGACAUAGAGAAUCUCCUCCCUUCCUCUUAAAAUUAUAGAUUUUAUAUCAAAAUGUUUUCGAAAACCGAAUGAUUAUCAUCUAAUUUUUAUGUUUAUUACGUGCUAGCAAAAUGAUAACAAGACGAUUCCGUCUCGUUAUCUUUGACAAGUCAUAUCUUAUCUCAUCAAACGUUACUUUAAUUGAUAUAAAUCGUAAUUGGUUUUCAUUCUUACGAGAAAACACGCAAAUUCUACUUAAGUGUUUCUUUUUUUUUCCCCAAGUUUGAUACUUAAGCCGUUCAGAGCUCAUCAAUCUUGGUAAAAGAAAAGGAAACGUAUGCUUGCAUAUGCUUUCUUAGAUUGACAUUGUAAUCUCAUUUAGAUAUUACAUUCAAUUUGAUUGAUUUGAAUUGGAUUAAAAUUGAAUUAAAUAAUUAUAAAUUUCGGAAUUGUUGCCGAAAAUAAUCUCUUCCAUACAAUUUGCGACUUUGGAUCACCCCAUUGCCCGUUUCUAGUUGUAUAGAGAAAUUAAACAGUGUAGUUGUAAUUACACUUGUUAUAGAAAUUGCGUAUGUAUAAUUAUCGAGGUCGGCAACUGUUUCAUCGUUUCAUGCUAAAUAUUAAGGGAGAUUUCUUCGUAACUGUAAUAAUAUUUUUUGCAGAGGUAAAAAGAAAUCCGGCGCGUUUAUAUUAAACGCGACGAAUCUUUCGCACAAUCAAAACUUGACUUAAAAUAAAUGUAAUAAUUUGCGUUGUUUUCUGACGCAGAAUGAUGUACAGUCGCAAAGCAAUCUCCUCAUUCUGUGAUACACAGUGAUACUUAUCUUAAGAAUCUGUAGACAUACAUAUAGAAACAAUUUUCUCAUCGCGCGAAAAAUUUCAUUAUUGUGAUAUUAAAAGAACGUUGUUCUAACUCCUAACGUAUGAAAUAACUCGAUUGAAUCGUUUUAGUAAAUUAAUUUAAAAUUGUUGAAAUGAUUGCGCGAUGAGAAAGUACCGCUCCUCCCACGGGGAGAGGGUCUUAUUAAUUAAUUAAUUAAUUAAUUGACGAGAAAUAAAGGACAAUUGAAGCGAUUCGCGAAUUGCUGUUGAUUAAUUAAUUAAUUAGGAUGAUCGGGGCGAUCCAUUAUUUUAAAGCAAUUGUAACCUGUACCGCAAUUAAUUGCCAUUUGAUGUAAUUUUUUAUCUCGAAAAUGUAACAUAUUGUUGUUUUAAUAAAAUAAGGCCAUACGGCUUGGCGUUUUAAUA